AUGGAGCCCCGAGAGACAGAGUACACCACCGUCAAGACCACGCUCCCGCGUGUGCCUUACCCCGCGAUUGAAGACAGGACCCCGGUGAUGACCCAGAGACUUGUCAUCCGCGCCCUGACCGAGAACGAUCUCCCCGCUCUUCACACCCUUCGGACAGUCGAGGAGGUGAUGCAAGGCUUGAUCUGUACCUCCCCUAACGACCAAACCACGUACAACUUUGCCAUUGUGGAACAGGAGACGGGUAGUUUUGUCGGUAUCGGCGGCAGUCAUAUCCGCGCGGAUCACCAAGGAUGGCCGGUGGUGGGCUACCUGUUCCAUCCAGAUGUGUGGGGAAAGGGAUACGCGACGGAAUUUCUCGAAGCCUUCCUCAAGAUGUGGUGGGCAUUGCCGCGCGAUGAGUUCGAGAUUGCGGUAGAAGCCAGCAGCGCUGAAAUGGCACGCUUUGAUAGCCGCGGCGGCGAUGUUGGCGAAGGGAAUCGCGUUAAAGAGUUGAUGAUUGGGGUGACACAGGAUAACAACGUUGCGAGCGCCAAGGUCCUGACCAAAUGUGGCCAGACGUACUCGACCGGGUCAAGAAGGCCUCCGUCUGAAGAAGCCUACACUACGGAAGAGGCAGGGGGUGAGUGGGGUUGGGGGCUGGGCGCUGGGGGCUGGGCGCAACCAAACAGGGCAGUGCCAUACAACGUCCAAAUCUGA